GCAGCUGAAGAAGUUAGAUGAAGACAGUUUAACCAAACAACCUGAAGAAGUAUUUGAUGUAUUGGAGAAGCUUGGAGAAGGUUCCUAUGGCAGCGUGUUCAAAGCCAUUCAUAAAGAAACGGGUCAAGUUGUUGCAAUUAAACAAGUUCCUGUGGAAUCUGACUUGCAAGAGAUUAUAAAGGAAAUAUCCAUAAUGCAGCAAUGUGACAGUCCUCAUGUGGUGAAAUAUUAUGGCAGCUAUUUUAAGAACACAGACCUGUGGAUAGUCAUGGAAUACUGCGGCGCUGGAUCUGUGUCGGAUAUUAUUCGAUUACGAAAUAAAACCCUCACAGAGGAGGAGAUUGCUACGAUAGUGCAGUCAACACUGAAGGGACUAGAGUACCUGCAUUUUAUGAGGAAAAUACACAGAGACAUCAAAGCUGGAAAUAUAUUGCUAAAUACAGAGGGACAUGCUAAACUUGCAGAUUUUGGAGUGGCAGGACAACUUACAGACACCAUGGCAAAGCGGAACACAGUUAUAGGGACCCCGUUUUGGAUGGCUCCAGAAGUGAUUCAAGAAAUUGGGUAUAAUUGUGUUGCAGAUAUCUGGUCUCUGGGAAUCACUGCGAUAGAAAUGGCUGAAGGCAAACCACCAUAUGCAGAUAUUCAUCCUAUGAGGGCAAUUUUCAUGAUUCCUACCAAUCCGCCUCCAACAUUCCGGAAACCAGAGCUCUGGUCAGACAGUUUCACGGACUUUGUAAAACAGUGUCUUGUGAAGAGCCCGGAGCAGCGUGCCACAGCAACACAGCUUCUGCAGCAUCCAUUUGUUAAAAGCGCCAAAGGGGUGUCAAUCCUGCGAGACUUGAUUAACGAAGCAAUGGAUAUCAAGCUGAAACGUCAAGAGGCACAACAGCGUGAACUAGAUCAAGAUGAUGAAGAAAAUUCAGAGGAAGAUGAAACCGAUUCAGGUACCAUGGUGAGAGCAAGCGGAGAUGAAACUGGGACCAUAAGAGCUGUGAACACGAUGAGUGAUGGAGCCAACACAAUGAUAGAACAUGAUGGCACCUUGGAAUCCCAGCUGGGUACGAUGGUCAUAAACUCAGAAGAGGAAGAGGAGGAAGGCACUAUGAAAAGGAGGGAUGAAACGAUGCAGCCAGCCAAACCAUCAUUCCUUGAAUAUUUUGAGCAGAAGGAGAAGGAGAAUCAAAUCAAUAGCUUUGGGAAGAAUGUGUCUGGCCAGACGAAAAAUUCAUCUGAUUGGAAAGUACCACAGGAUGGAGACUAUGAAUUUCUAAAGACUUGGAGCGUCGAUGAGCUUCAGAAGAGGCUCUCAGCCCUGGACCCCAUGAUGGAGCAGGAGAUUGAAGAAAUCCGCCAGAAGUACCAGUCGAAGCGGCAGCCGAUCCUCGAUGCCAUUGAAGCCAAGAAGCGGCGGCAGCAGAACUUCUGA